CCGCCACUAAUCAGCAGGAGGAAAAAGAAGAAGAAGAAGCAGCGCGCCGCGAGAGCAGUGUGAAAUACAGCAGGGAACGAAAGACAACUUAAAAUACGUUUCUGAACUUAGCAAGCAUAACUGAUAAAGACAAACCGCAAUGGAUCUAACCGAGCAGAUCAACCAGUUGGAGGCAGAUUUGCUGGAGCUGGGGUCACUCGUGGAGAAGGUAGAGAGGAAACGAGUGCAGGAGCUGCUAAAGCAGGAGCAGAAGAAGGUGGAGAAUGAGCUUGCAGUCAAACGACAACAGAAGGAGCUACAGGCCAGGAGACAAGCAGACCCAUCUGCUGCCUCUAAAGCAACAUACACAGUCAAGAUAACCAAUUAUGCAUGGGACCAGUCAGAGAAAUUUGUCAAAAUUUACCUCACAUUGAAGAAUGUGCACAAAAUUCCAUCAGAAAAUGUGGAGGUCAACUUUACAGAAGGGUCAUUUUCUGUGUUGGUGAAGGAACUAGAUGGGAAAAACCAUCAGAUGACGGUCCUCAACCUGUUAUAUCCAAUUGAUGAAAAAGACAGCUAUAAGAAGAUAAAAACCGACAUGGUCCUGGUUAUGUGCAAGAAGCACACAGCAAAGAAGUGGGAGUGCCUAACAAAGGUGGAAAAGCUGUCCAAAGAGAAAGAUAAACCCCCUGUAGACGACAAUACAGACCCCAGCGCCGGCCUGAUGAGCAUGCUGAAAAAAAUUUACUCCGAAGGAGAUGACGAGAUGAAGAGAACCAUCAACAAAGCCUGGUCUGAGUCCCAAGAGAAGAAAAUACGAGGAGAAGAAGGCAUGAUGGACUUCUGAACUGUGAGAGCUGCUGGGCAUGCAGCCAACAUCACUUGAAUAUUAAAUGUUAUGAGUUCCCAUAUGUAUAAAUCACAUUUCCACAAAAUCAGGAGAUUCAUUAUACAGCUCAUGUAUAAGUUUUUGGGAAUUAACAUCUAACCCUCUGAUGGCCUUAUUUUGGCCCUGCUUUAAAUAUCAGGCUUCAGGUGCAAUACAUUGCAUGGGAAAUGUCUGUACAAACAUACAGGUGCUGUCCAGCAGAUGGCAGCCUUAACAUAGCAAGAAAUCUCAUCUUCCAUCACCUGUUUUGUUUUUGUUUGUUUCUUUUUUGGGAUUAAAAGACUACAAUGCAGUUAUUUUUUCUUGAGAUAAAUAUCUGUCAGUACUUAAUAGUUUAAAUCGGACCAGGGUAAAAGAGAUAUGUGAGAUGUGUUCAGUAAAGUCACAUCUUAAUAUGGUUCCUUUUGCAGAAUUCCGUGCAGCUAAGUGGUGAUUUCAGUUGUUUCCAAGUGUAUGUUUGCCAAAGUCAUCUUCACAUUCCUUUAAUGUAGGCAACCAGAAGACUUCUUGAGUCGUCUUAUCAGCCUGUUAUUUUUUGUCAUUCCAUAAAUAGAUGAAAUGAUAGCAGGAAAGGCAGCACUACUUAGGCAUCAGUCCAGGUUAAUCAUUCAUAUAAGUGCAUGACUGUAUUUUACCCACUCCUGUUGUAAUGCUCUAAAACACAUUCUUUGAAAUUCUUUAAUGUGUUGUUUCUUGCUAUAAUCUCCAUAUACAGUAGCUCUGUGAAAGUUGUGAUUUUUCCCUCCAACGUAUGGGAAUAUGUAAAAUGUGUGAUUUGUUUAUUUUUUUAUCUUACAUGUGUUGUUGCCCGCCCUCAGGUUGUUCAUAAAGUUCUCUCAAAUAUA